AUGUCUACGUUGACACCACGUCGAAAACUAGCUUUAGUCAUAGGUAAUAAUGAUUACCAGCGACCGGAAAGUAAACUUCGUCAUUGCAUCAACGAUGCAAAUGACUUGACUGAUACAUUAACUAGUAUUGGCUUUCUUGUUCACAAAAACAUCAACUUAACCAAUCAACAAAUGGUUGACGCAAUUGCGGAUUUCUCCCAUAGAAUCAUAGACGGGGAUUUAGUCCUGUUUUACUUCUCUGGACAUGGAUAUCAAGUCGAACACGCGAAUUAUCUGAUGCCCAUAGACGACGAAAAGAUCAUCACUGAAGAUGACGUCAAAGAUCGUGCAGUUCCUGUUGAACGAACAUUAAAUCGAUUGGCAAAACGGAAUCCGUCAUAUGUGACCCUAUUCAUUCUGGACUGCUGUCGAGCGUAUUGGCCGAAGAAUAUGAAAAUCAAAGACGGUGUCAACGGAAAGGGCUUGAGUUUCGUCAAUGCACCAGCGGGAACGUUUAUUCAAUUCGCUUGUGGAGCAAGUAAAACAGCGAGUGAUGGAUUAGAAACCGAUCGCAAUGGUCUAUUCACUAAACAUCUCUUGAAACAUAUUAUUACUCCAAACGAAGACAUCGUACAGAUAUUUCAAGGCGUCGCUGGUGAUGUCUAUGAGGAAAGUAGCGGCAGACAAAUACCAUUGAGUAUUAAUGGUUUGUUGAAGAAAGGUCAUGUGCAUUUAAGCGAUUUGAGCGAAACAAAACCCAAUCAGUUACAUACGUCGAAAUUCGAAAAAACAGAUUCAUUGGAUACAAAAUUGGAAAAGACAAUGUUAAUUCAUAGUACUUCGUCGUCGAAUAUUACUGCGGAAAAAGUCAAUACGCUGCCAAAGUCAGCUUCGUUGGGUCAAAUGUCCACUAGAGAAGCUUCAAACGAGUUGCACUCAUCGGAUUGUUGCGCAAAUAAUGAGUUGAAUAUGUUACUGAUUGGCCGGUUAGCAAGUCGUGUAUAUCUGAUUACAAUGAUAAAGAGUGUUGAAGAAAUAGAAAAUGGCAAUAAAAGCGGAUUCAACAAAUUGGAGAACUUACUGGAAUAUCUUACAAUCAAUAAAAUAGAUGGGAAAGAGUUUCCUGUUGAGGAUCGUUUUAACGCGACAUUACUAGAAUUAAUGAAUGGAAAAGAGAAAACAUACGAAGCAAUGAAACAAAUUUGCCGUCAUUACGAAGCAGUAGGUGAUGUGAACAUCGAUGAAAUCAUGAAAGAACAUGAGCAACGAAUUGAAUCAUCUGCACAUUACUUCACAAGGAAAGAUCUACCAGAUGACGGAAAUCAAGCUGCUGCUCUCGCUCUAUCAUUUUACACUGGAUCGAAAGGUCAGGUGAUCAAUCAAGGCGCAAAACUCAUCGCUAAUCAUCCCGGAAAUAGAGACACGGAUAAAGCUGACGACGAGAAAAUGAACGAUCUAGCUCCUCUGGUAUUUCAUUUCUUCAAAGCAAUUUUACACAUUCCCUAUUACUGGGGUACGGUGACAUCUAAUUAUCAGCUAACAGAUGAUCAACUGCAAUUAUGUCAACCGGGCUGUGUAGUCACUUGGGUUCAGUUUGGUCAGGGCGGCCGAAAUGCUUCAGCGGUGACUAGAAAGAAAAAUACGAAAUUUAUGAUUGAUUCGUUCACGGGUCGUUCGAUAAAGAAGUUCUCUCAAACUCCAAAUGAAGACGAAAUCGUAUUUUUGCCAUAUUCGACGUUUUUCGUUUACAAACAUGAAUCUUCCCGUUUUGAUGAUGAACAUACAAUCUACAUGCGACAGGUUGAAUUAGGUUUGAGUCAAUAUUCCAUCCUUUGGGUUGAUGACAAGAUUUUCACGAACAAUAGCGAAAUCAAACUGCUUAUGGAGAACGCUGUGCGCGGCGGCUUCAACUUAGAUGUGCAUUUCAUCCCACGCACAUCGACCGACGACGCUUUAGCAUUUCUUCGGUCACCGUUUGGUCAACGUUUGAAAAAACAGAACACAUUCCGCAUUAUCACGUGUAUGAAUCGUAGACAGGAAAAUCCAGGGCACAAUGCUGGUGUGCGAUUGAUAAAAUCAAUACGAGAAUUAGGUUUUGAAAAUCAUUGUUUAGUCUUUACGGGUGAUAAGAAACGAGCGGAAACCUAUGUUCAAACUGAACUGAAUGCAAACGAACAAAAAUGCGUUUUUGUGACGCAUCAUAUCGAUGAUUUACGAAAUUUUACUAGUUUUCAGAUCUUUUCAUAA